CUGCGACAGAAAAUCCCUCGGUUGAUGACUAUCUAGAUUGGGCAAGAAAACAAAAUGAUCACAUAUAUAAAUUAAAAUUUGAACAACGUAUAGAGUUAUAUUCUGAUAUUUCACGAUCAGGAUAUAGCAAUCAACAUCAAGGCCUUGAUGCUAUUCUCAAGGAGAUUAAUAAAUAUUUAAAGGCCUUAAUUCCACCUGUACCUUCGCAAAAACAUUGGAGAAUUGCGUUGCGCCACACAUUAUUUAAAAUGAUCAGGCACGCGGAUAACAAAUCAUCAGGAGGUCAGAUACAUCCAGAUUGUACAUUAGAAUCACAGCGAUUUCGGGUUCAUAUGCAUCAAACUGGAUUUCCGAAUCUUCAAGAUGACAAUCGCACUUUUAAGAGCCUUGGAGAAGAACAUCUACUUAGCGAAAAACUGAAAAAUUUCAGUAAUUUAGCGUGUGAAAGGCAAAUAAUGUUUAUAAAUGAGACUUUUAGAGGCAGUGAGCCAAAUUCCUCACCUCGACCAAUACCUAUUACUGCUCAAGAGGAAGCAGCGGCCAUGGAUGAAAAAAAUAUGACGAAAAAAGAGCUUUUAGCAAUUAUUAAUUCAUUGCUAAAUUCUAUUAAUAUUUCAGAUCGACCAAAGUAUCGUAGGUUGCAGCAAAAAACUAAUAAUGAGUUGCUAGAAAUUUUACAAAGUAUCAGAGAUUUGCAUAAUAAUCAAAAUGAACUUGAAAACGAAAUAGAAUUAGAAAAUUAA